AAUUAUAGAGAAGUGUAGUUUACUGUAACAUGGUAAUUAUUUAGAGACGGAACCCUCACCAUGAUCAGCUACUCUGCAGGAAGUCAUGGAUGUGUUCAGUAAUUCACAGAGAGCAUGUGUCUGGACUCUGCUCAUGUUUACUCGUGUGUUUGUGGCAGAGUCCCGGCUCGGCUCGUUUAUGCGUCUCUUGUCUGUUCUGAACGCGCAGUCUCGAGGAGCCUCUGUUUGCGCGUGCUCGCUGUUUCGUUCUCAGCUCUUCAGUCCGGUUGGUUUCGGUUUCGGUUUGCGGGGUCGGAACUGCAUGCCGCAAUUCUGCGUGUACGGAACAGGUCUGAUUUAGCAGUUUCAGAUCUCCAGAAAACUUCCCUUUCCACAGUCACUUCUGAAAAUGAAGAGACAAGAGAGUGAUGCCAGCUCAGCGGAGGAUAAGAAACAUCCUCGUUAUUUAUGCUGUGGAUGGAGAAGAAGGAAGUGUAAACAUCAGCGUUUGCCUCAGGAUGAGCAGCCGGAGAAUGAACUCAAACAAGGUCAGACGAGCAGCAGUGCUCAUGGAGUCAGUGUUGAUGUGAAGGCUGAAACAAAAGCAACUGUAAAUGCUCCUGUACUCACUGGAAACUACAUAGGCUCUGUGAACAACUACUACAACUCCACCCCUGCAGGAGCCGAUCAACACAAGAGCUCAGAGACAGCAGAGGAACACGCAGAGCGGCAAGGUCACUCAGAGGACGAACUGAAACAGUUCUUGGAAACACAUAAAAACAACAUGAAGGAGAAAGCAGAAUAUAUAUUUGAACACAAUAAACAGGCGGAUCUGAAGGCUGUUUACACAGAGCUGUUCAUCACAGAGGGAGAUAUGAGCGAUGUUAAUCAGGAGCACGAGAUCCUGACAAUUGAUGACGCUUUCAAUAGAGAACAAGCACAGGACGGGCCAAUCAAAUGUAAAGAAAUGUUUACUGUGUUGAAGAAGAAGAGUAAUAAAACAACAGUGCUGACAAAGGGCAUCGCGGGCAUUGGAAAAACCGUCUCCGUGCACAAGUUCAUCCUGGACUGGGCAGAAGGAGAAACCAGUGAGGAUAUAGACUGUGUGUUCCUGCUUCCAUUCAGGGUGAUCAACACGAUGAAAGGUAAAGAGUACACUCUGCAUGAGUUUCUGCUGGAGUUUUAUUCUGGACUGAAGGCUCUGGAAAAAUCAAAGCUAUAUGAGAAAUGUAAUUUAGCAUUUAUAUUUGACGGGCUUGAUGAGAGUCGUCUGCCUUUGGAUUUUAACAGUGGAACACUGAAUACUGUUGACAAGAGAUCAUCUGUAGAUGAGUUGUUCACCAGUCUGGUCCAAGGAAAUCUGCUUCCAUCUGCUCUAGUCUGGGUGACCUCACGACCAGCAGCAGCCAAUCAGAUCCCUCUUGAAUGUGUGGGAUUGUUCACGGAGGUGCGAGGAUUCACCGAGCAGCAGAGGGUGGAAUACUUCAGAAAGAGGAUCACAGAUGAGAAUCAGGCCUCCAGAAUCAUCUCGCACAUCAAGACCUCUCGUAGUCUCUACAUCAUGUGCCAUAUUCCUGGGUUCUGCUGGAUGACGGCCACCGUUCUUCAGCACACACUCAAGGAGAAUACCGAGAACAUCAGCACCACACUCACUGAAAUGUACAUUCACUUCCUGCUGAAGAACCAGAAAAUGAAGAGUCAGAAGUAUGAUCCCCAAAAAGAAAGAGUUCAUACGAAGCUCUUGAAGUCAAACAGAGAGAUGAUCCUGAAAUUAGCCAAGCUAGCCUUCGAACAACUGAGAGAGGGAAACAUUGUGUUCUAUGAGGAAGAUCUGCAGGAGUGUGGCAUUGAUGUGAGUGUAGAAACUGAGUUCACAGGAAUGAUCGCGGAGAUCUUUAAAACCGAGCAUGUAUUGCUUGAAGUGAAGGUCUUCUGCUUUGUGCAUCUGAGUGUUCAAGAGUUCCUCGCUGCACUGUAUGUGUUCUUCUGCUUUCUGGAGAGGAACAGCAGUGAGCUUCGGUUUUUCUUUGAGGAGUCACAAAGUACAACCAGAGAAAAGCUUCAGUUCCAUGACUUGGUAAAGAAUGCCAUCGAUAAGGCAAUGCUCAGAAAGAGAGGACAUCUGGACCUGUUCCUGUUCCUGCGGUUUCUGAUGGGCAUUUCACUGCAAUCCAGUCAGAAAGUACUCAAAGAACUGCUCCCACAUACUGAAGACACAACAGAGAGCAUCAGAAAAAUAACUGAACAUGUUAAACAGCUGCAGGAAAAGAACAUCUCAGGGGAAGCUUCGGUGAACCUGUUUUACUGCUUACUUGAGCUCAAUGAUCAGUCAUUAUAUGAGGAAAUCCAGAGUUACCUCAGUGCACAAGCAGACCCAGGAAGAAAACUGUCUUCUUCAAUGUGCACAGUGCUGGUCUAUGUACUGCUCAUGUCAGAGAAGGUGCUGGAUGAGUUCAACCCAAAGAGGUUCACCUCAUCUGAAUCAAACUACAGGGCACUCAUUCCAGCUGUGAGGUCAUGCAGAAAGGCCCUAUUUGACGGCUGUGGUCUUGAUGAAACAUGCUGUGACGCUAUGUCUUCAGCUCUACAGUCCUCACACUGUGUUCUGAGAGAGCUGGACCUGAGUAACAAUGACCUGCAGGAUUCAGGAGUGAACAUGAUCGCUGAAGGACUGAAGAGUCCAAACUGUAAACUGGAGACACUGAGAUUUUCCACAUGUAAACUCAGUGCGCAGUGUUGUGAGAGUUUGUCUUCAGCUCUACAAUCCUCCAACUGUGUCCUGAGAGAGCUGGACCUGAGUAACAAUGACCUGCAGGAUUCAGGAGUGGAGCUUCUCUCUGAUGGACUGAAGAGUCCAGACUGUAAACUGGAGACACUGAGAUUGUGUAUUUGUAAACUCAGUGCGCAGUGUUGUGAGAGUUUAUCUUCAGCUCUACAAUCCCCAAACUGUGUCCUGAGAGAGCUGGACCUGAGUAACAAUGACCUGCAGGAUUCAGGAGUGAAGAAGCUCUCUGAUGGACUGAAGAGUCAACACUGUAAACUGGAGACACUGAGAUUGUCUGGCUGUAUGGUGACAGAGGAAGGCUGUGGUUUUCUGUCUUCAGCUUUGAGUUCAAACCCCUCACACCUGAGAGAGCUGGAUCUGAGCUACAAUCAUCCAGGAGAUUCAGGAGUCAAGCUGCUCUCCCAAAAGCUGGAGGAUACAGACUACACACUGGACACACUCAAUGUAGAUCAUGGAGGAGAGAAGAUGAUUACAGCAGGACUGCACAAAUGAGAGGCAUCGAUGGAGGCGCUGGAGCUGGAGCUGGAAGCGGUGGAGUCCCAGAUUCGCUCGCUGGAGACGAAGCGAGAGGGCAUCAGGGC